AUGGCGCUGGAGCCAUCAUGGACGCUCGUGGACUCGGCGGGCGUCGUCCACGUGGUCGCGGGCAGGUCCGCGCUGUCGCAGAUGUUCGGCAAGAACACCAAACCGACCUACAACAACAUGCUCGAGCUGGUCGGCGAGGGUUCGCGAGGCGUCGUUGGCUACCUUUGCAAGGACGGCUGGCGGAUGCUGCGCGAGCUACCGUGGCUGCAGCACAAGGAGAGCAAGCGGAUCGUGCCCGUCGUCGGCUCGGCCGCCCAGUUCCUUCAACCGGCAUGCGAUGGACCGGCGCCGGCUGACCGACUGCACUUCGCGCCGCCGGCGGCUCUCCUGCUCGAGCACGGCGCCAACGUCAACUCGGCGCCCGAGUCGAACGACAGGCGGCACGCGAAGACUGGUUGCAAUCCCGCCGACCGCCAGGCCGCGGGAUGA